AUGAACGGAGCUCGUAAGCAUGCCGAAGCUGUGGGGAAGGUUGGAUGGUUUUUAGAGAUUGGUGCGUGUGAAUGUGAGGCUGGUGGAUUCACACUUGAUCGUUUGAUGUGGGAGAAACUGUUGGAUAGACUCGAGGAUGCGAGUGCGCGUUUUAGCGUGAACUCUCUUCGUGCCGAUGGACUAUCUGCCCAUGCCCAAAUAAUGGCACUAAACCAUUAUAACAAGGUCUACACGACGGCGUCUAGUUUGGUUCCGCUUUCUUUAGAUCAGUGGGAGCGAUGGAAGCGCGGACUUUCUACGUUGUGCUUGGGACCUGUCUUUCCCUCUCCCACUCCAUCUUGUGGAGCGGAUAGGCUGAGCACCUCGACUUCCCCGGUGUCUGAGACGCGCCAGGCACUUUUGGGUGCGCGGGAUGAAGCGUUUGCUGUAAACUAUUGGGGUACAACCUGGAGUACAGAGGUGCGACUGAAUAAAAUCGAAAAGGCGUGCAGGGACGUCUCGACUAUCAGCCUGAUUGAAGACGAGGAGCUUAACCGGGAUGCUAAGAUUGCGAUACAGGAUAAUUUGAAGGGAGCCGAAUUGCGACACGAGGACAUGCUUGCAAGACUAACACGGUUGAAUUUUAGCAUUCUACAGAGGUUUAGCCUCCUUCGCUUUCAGUCGGAGCACCUUUAUUUCAUGUAUGCCGUCAUCGGUAUGGUAGAGCGCCGCUGGCUACUGGACAAGCUUUUGGGGAAUUGUGGGGAAAAGGAUAAGGAGUAUGAAGAGGCUGUGGAAUCGAUGGUCCGACAGAGCUUUAAGCGUGACUUCAGGAUUCCCUCGAGUGACCUUGCGAGCGGUGCCCUAUUGAAACAGUAUUGCGACUUCGAGGUGGAGAAUAAGAAGGAGCGGGAGCUCGUGGCAAUACUGCACGACACACAGAAAGGCAUGGAGUAUCGGGUCGCAGCAGAGUUUGCACAACACGAGGCGGCGGCGGUGCUCACGCCGCGGCAUGGAAAGGGUGGUGGUGUGGAGGAGGAACACCCUCUCGUGCCGCGGUCCGUUUUGGAUGCCGAUGGAAGCGCUAUAGCGGAUGAGUGUGUGGCUGCUUUCCGGAAGAGCAGCAGCAGCAGUUUUGAGGCAUGCCAGCGCCGAGCCUUCGGCUUGACGUUGCGACGUUUGAUGGAGUUAGAGGAGUUUCCGGGUGUUUUAAAUGCGUCGCGGCUGGAGUUCUGCCUGCACCUGCUCCAGCGGUGGCUUCUGGAGUACUGUGGACGUCAGCACCGAUGGACCGCAUGCGAUCCUUUUGUGUGCCCCGAAGACUCUGAUCUCUGGGGAUUCUUACUAGAACGGCACGAGGUACUGCUGAGAUGGGCCUUGAGCUCCCCUGCUUUGCCGUCUCGUGGCGGAGCAGCGGCGGUUUUGCCUCCUUCCACAGCGCCUUUUGUAGCCCGCUUGGAGGUGCUUCGUGCAGUGGUGUGGUCAGUGGUACAUGCCUGGCAGUCCUACUUGAAGGUGGUUCGCGACACCCCUGCCGCGGCGCCGAAGCGGUGCGCUCGCGAGGGGGUCGCGAGGGGGUACCUGCGGAAGUGGUUCAGCGAACGGGUUAUCGCUCUCUUUUGUCAAGCCUUUCUGAAUGACCUGCAUGCGGAAUUCGGUGACGGUGACGACAGCGCCCCCAACUCGGAUGUGGCAUCUGAGGGGGAAGUGGUGAGGGAAGAGGCCAGGCCCGGACCCCUGCUGGAGAACACCGGGGCACUUUUGAUACUGGAAAGCGAACUCAAGCUGAUUAUUUGCGAUGUCCAGCAAAGCACAUAUGAAUGUGUCUCAUCGUUGUGGAAUGAAACGCGGCGCCGCCUCGAACCACUUCUAGAUGAGAUUAUUGACUUGCUUAUGGCGAAGUCCUCCACGUUGUUAACCUUAGGCAUGCUUCGAGGCAUGAUACACGCUGCUGUAAGGAUUCUCCAACGCAUGCAGGUGUGUCUCAACCAGCUCAGCCAACGAUCCAGAGGUGGGUAUACAUCGCAGGAUCGAGUGUGCAUUCACAAGCUUCAUGCACACUACAAGAGGUUGUCCAGGAGGGCGCCUCUCGCAGAGGACACACUAUUGCUGAAUGCUAUUUUCGAUGGGUGGACACAGCUAACAAGCCUCAGACUGGGACCGAGCAGCGAGAGAGGUGUAGAUGUGCAGGGGCUACUCUUUAUCUAUGACACGGGGUUGAGUGCCGGUCGUGCUUCUACGACUCCAGGUGAGGGGUUUAUGGAUGUUUGUUGCGAACGACGACGCGCCAUGAAGCGACUGGCCGUAGGUCUUGAGGAGGGAGCGUGUGGAGCUGCUUCUAGUCCCCAUCCAUCCCCACCCAGAGCUGGGAUCGAGGACAAUGACUGCAUUGGGGGUCGGAAACGGCCUCGAAAGUAA